GAACGCGUCGUGGGCAGGGUCCUUACGACGGAGAGGGCAGAGAAGAAGAAAAAAAACACACACGGUUCCACCGCACGUCAUCAGUCAACCGGGACAGUGUCCGUAUUUCACUUCGACGGCUACACCGCCACGAGUUAAGGUAAACAUUGGCUAAAUUCCGGAACACCGGAAAAAGAAGUGUAUUUUGGUGGCUUUGAAAAAAAAACCCCCGAGCGCGACCCCGCGUGUGUAAAUGUUGCAUGGAUGUUUGUGACAUACGCCGGCCAGAAUUGGCACCUCCGCGCAUUUCCCUGCCAACUUCCCAGCAGCCAUUUCAUGCCGUGUGCGCACGAUUCGUGCAAUUUAUUGUUUGAAAAGUUUCCUCACCAAAGUGUGCUCGCCGCGUUGUAGUCGAGGCAAACCAUGAGCCCGCUGGUUGCUGCGACGGCCGAUAUUAUUGCGUGUGGAAAAGUGUGCUAGUGGUUGCCAGGGCGCGCAUGAAGCUUUACCUGCUGGAAAGGAAGUAGACAGCUAUAAAGUUUGGGUUCUUCCUUCCCAUCCCGGCAAGGAUAACUCAGCGAAGUUUGUCCAGCUCCAGAAGCAGCAGCUAAUAGAAGAAAUAUCCGCUAAUGACCUAGUGGCCGCCGAGCACAUCAAAACCAACGCACAAACGUGAGCAACUGGCGAACCAAUCGUAGAGUCUUAGAAACAUUGCAGCAAAAGACAAACCGGCAGCAUACAUAAUGGCUUCCAACAUACACAAAUGGGAAAAACUCUCACCUAGCGAAUUCCAGCAGCUGCAGGACUUAGCCUCAUAUUCAACGAAAAAGCUCCAGAACGUACUGCAAGAGUUUUGUUCACCGGCCACACCGUCCGCUUCAAGGUUCCAUCCAGACGGGGACAUCGACUACGAUGGGUUUCGAAAGUUUCUCGACUCGUUCCUGGACUGCGAAACACCGGAGGACUUGUCAAAGCACCUGUUCAUAUCAUUCCUGCAGCCGGCCCUCUACCAGGCACAGCAGCAACAGCACAGCCACGGGAAGGCCCUCAGUCAAAUGGCGGCGAUUAGCAGCAAUGCAGCCUGUGCUCCAGUAACAUCCCAUAAUCGAGGCUCCAUCCCGAACCUAAACAGCAUAGUGGACAUUCCGACACCGCAGCCGUCGCAGGAAUCGCAGCGGAACAGCUUCGUCGAACGGAUACACGGGCUCACCGAUAAGCUGCAGUCACUCGGGCAUCUCGGGCUCGACAGCGGUGGCGACAGUAGCAACAAAGGCAAAUGCGGGACGGUCCACCCGAUGCUGACGGUAACGCCGAGCCCGAUGGGCUGUACACCGCCGAUCCUGCAGCCACCGUUCCGUCGUUCGGCCGAUUCCAGUCCCUCACAUUCGCAUUCGCACAGUCACUCGCAGAUUUCCCGGAACUCGUCGCGCAAAAGCAACAACUCCGUCAACUGUCGUAUCGAAGAUGUGCGGCUGAUUCCUAGAAAGCAAUCAUUUUUGGAUCCGUUACUGCUGAAGGUACCGCUCAAGGAUGUUGUCUGUUAUCUAUCGCUGCUGGAGGCUGGCCGACCGGAGGAUAAGCUCGAGUUUAUGUUCCGGCUGUACGACACCGACGGAAACGGAGUCCUCGACACGACCGAAACGGAUGCAAUCGUCAACCAGAUGAUGUCGGUAGCGGAAUAUCUCGGCUGGGACGUGUCCGAACUGCGGCCGAUUCUCCAGGACAUGAUGACUGAGAUUGACUACGACGGUGAUGGGUGCGUUUCGCUGGAGGAAUGGCAACGCGGUGGACUGACAACGAUCCCGCUGCUGGUACUUCUCGGCGUCGACAAUACGCUGAAGGAAGACGGAUACCAUGUGUGGCGAUUGAAACAUUUCAGCAAACCUGCCUACUGCAACAUGUGCCUCAAUAUGCUUGUCGGGCUUGGGAAGAAGGGCCUCUGCUGUGUGCUCUGCAAAUACACCGUGCAUGAACGUUGCGUCCAGCGAGCUCCCGCGUCCUGCAUCGCCACCUACGUGAAGUCGAAAAAGUCAAAGGCCACUGCCACGUUCCAGCAUCAUUGGGUCGAGGGAAACUGCUACGGGCGAUGUUCGAAAUGCCGCAAGCGGAUCAAGGCAUACAAUGGAAUUACUGGGCUGACCUGCCGUUGGUGUCGCAUGAUGCUUCACAACAAGUGCGCCACGCUCGUGAAGGCGGAGUGUACGCUGGGGGAGUUUGCCAACCUCGUGCUACCACCGACCUCCAUCUGUCCGGCCGUGCUCGAUCGUCAGAAAUCGAUCAAUUUCACCACCAACAAGGGAAAGAGCGUACCAUCGACCAUACACUUUCAAAUUACCAGCGAUCCCGGAUGGUGCCCGCUGCUCGUAUUUAUCAAUCCCAAAAGUGGCGGCCGGCAGGGCGACCGCAUCCUGCGCAAGUUUCAAUACCUGCUGAACCCACGCCAGGUGUACGACCUGUCCAAAGGUGGCCCGCUCGAGGGGCUUACGAUGUUUAAGGACGUGCCCAAUUUCAAGGUAAUUUGCUGCGGUGGCGACGGCACGGUCGGCUGGGUACUGGAGGCAAUGGAUAGCAUUGUGCUACAGUCGCAACCAUCAAUCGGCGUGAUUCCGCUCGGUACGGGCAACGAUCUGGCCCGCUGCUUGCGAUGGGGCGGUGGGUACGAGGGCGAAAGCAUCCCCAAGAUUUUGGAUAAGAUCAAUCGUGCCUCGGGCGUGAUGCUGGAUCGAUGGAGCAUCGAGGUUAAAAACAAUCCAUUGGCCGCCGAAGAGACGCCCACCAACGUCACAACCAUACCCGGUCACAAGGUGACGCUGUCCGAGAACGUACAGAAGGUAAUAGAGCUCUCGCAUCGAAUAAUUGCUGAAAAAUCUGUGAUCCAAACCAACGAUGAAGUUGAAAAUAGUACAAACGCGACCGAGCUACCACCAACCAACGGCACGACGCAACGUGCCCACGUGAGUGACAAUAAUGCUGCCGAGGGUGAACAGGACACCGAUGGGGGUGGAAUCUCUACCGCCACACCACCGCCCACCCCAACCUCAGCCACACUCGGACCUACCGAGCGAGUAAUGGACGGUUUCAUAGCCGAGCAUGCCAAUAGGGGCCCGGCAGCGCUGACCAACGGCGGUGCCACGGUAGUGUCCGGUGUCGACAUGGCGGCUAACACCGUCACCAACACUAAUAGCACCGAUGUCGAUAACGGUACCGUGUGUGAGCCGAACGAUACAGCAGAACGUGCAGCGGACGAUACCGUGAAUAGUUCCUAUCAACAGCAGCAGCACCAGCACAGCAACGGUGGCACCGCGGACAAACCGAGACCGGAGAAGAAAAUUAUCGACCUACCAAAGUUGAUAAAACCGCAGGUCGGAUCGGAAUUCACCGUGCCGUACAACAUUGUCAAUAACUACUUUUCCGUGGGUGUGGAUGCUGCCAUCUGCGUCAAGUUUCACCUUGAACGUGAGAAAAAUCCCCACAAAUUCAACAGCCGCAUGAAGAACAAGCUUUGGUACUUUGAGUACGCCACAUCGGAAACGUUCGCUGCGUCCUGCAAGAACCUGCACGAGAAUUUGGAGAUUGUGUGCGAUGGCGUUUCGCUGGAGCUAGCGAAUGGUCCACAGCUGCAGGGUAUUGCGUUACUUAACAUCCCCUACACGCACGGUGGCUCCAAUUUAUGGGGCGAACAUCUGUCCCAGAAGCGAAUGCGCAAGGGUCCGUUUCGCAAGAAGCUUAAAAAAUCCGACAAAGAGCUCUCGGCGAACAGUUUCAAUUCGGUCGAUCUUUCAAUCGCCAUACAGGAUAUUGGCGAUCGUAAGAUAGAAGUGAUUGGACUGGAGAACUGUCUUCACAUGGGCCAGGUGCGGACGGGUCUGCGGGCAUCCGGCCGCCGGUUGGCACAGUGCAGCGAGGUAAUAAUGACCACCAAGAAAACCUUCCCCAUGCAGAUCGACGGAGAGCCCUGGAUGCAGGGUCCGUGCACGAUUAAGCUAACCCACAAAAACCAAGUGCCGAUGCUAAUGGCACCCCGUUCAGAGAAAGGUAGUGGGUUCUUUAGCUUUCUGAAGAGAUGACUCACGAGGAAAUCGAGCAGCGAUACCGUCCCGAUAGAGGCCUAAUGACGGAUAAUUACACGCGACGCUUAACCACCUGCAUUUUCACGGCGGUCUUGGCCACCAAACCUGUCCAAGCUGGACAGAUGGACAGAACGUAAACUGAUAGCUUUAAUCCAAUGAACCAAAACCCCCGUGUUAAACCACAGUACGUAUCCUAGUAGAGUGUAGCGGAGCAAACAAAUCGUACACACCGAACUUCAUCCGGCACUUCAUCCACGUUUGUCAGGUUGGGCAUUUACGAACUCACAAAAUUCACAACACUACCCCUCAACGUCCGCGACCAAUAUCUAGUACAAAUGGUGAAGAAGUAAUCAAAACACUAUCCUGACAUCAUAAUACCCCGACGGUAGAGGACUCAUUUAAUCGAAUCGUGUCGAUAAUUAAAAUAAUGCUUAAUUCUCGUCUAUGGCAUCGCACCAUAAAGCUCUCUAUAUUCACUGUUUCUCAGCAAUGAACUUCCGGCGAGGAACAAAGCUACAAACAGCACCGUCGCUCCAAACCUUCGAUUAACGGAAACAUCGUGGAACUACGUUCUGUUACAUCCUUAGUAUAUCUACCUUAGUAUCUAAGCCUCCGUGAAUGAUGUACCGUAUCAUGUGUAUCGCUGUCCCGAUAUGAUUUUUUAAUCUUGUUCGUCAAACGAACAUCGAAUCUGUUGUUACUCAUAGUGUGAUAGCCAACUGUUAUAUGUUCACCGUUCAUCGUGCAUCGUGUAAAGAUAGUUAUCCCUUAUCGACGGUAUGUUUGAACACAUCUAGCUAUAGUACAAUGCACGCACUACUACUACUACUACUACUAUAUCAUCACGUGUACUCAUAAUCUCAUCGAUGGAAUCUGUGAAUCUGUGGUACUGUUAACCGUUCCCGUACUGUAUUAGUUGAGAAUAUACAACACCUUACUAUCGCUAUAUUUACCCAAAAGCAUAUUGUAGCAUAUUUGUGCAACACGCACACUCGAUCACAGCAUCGUGGUGUGCACACCGUACAAACAACACACACAUUCAAACACACAACAAGAAAUGCGUCAGACAUAAUUGAUCGCUGCUAUGUGACUGGUUCAUGUGCUUUAAAUACAAAUGGAAUAUUUUGCUGUUCUGUUUUGAACGAUGAUAGUUAGGUGGCAGAUCAGCAACACAAGCGUUAGGAACUUCAGUUUCCUUUUGCCUCUCCUUGUCCAACCACAUACAUAUCCUGGGGAAGAAUGAAGAAUUUAAAUAACUCAAUUAUUUUACAUUCAUAUUUCGCAAACGUUUACGUUGCCUACUCAUACGAAAGAUCCUUCAGUUACUGCCUCGAACAGCUUGCUGCUGAUCGCCACUAAACCAUCUGUUGAUCAAUCCAGGAAAAAAGUAUUUCUAAUAAAUGUUGAGUACUGUGUAUAGUUUCUACAACCUCUUCGGGGUGAAUGAAUAGCUCUAACUCUAUGUGUUAUUUAUGCGUGUCAUAAUUCUAUCAACUGCACAUACUACUCGAAAAUAGACUACCGUAGUGAGAACGUUCGUGUUUAAUCUCACUGCAAACUACAAACCAAGCUAGACCAUGCGGCCUGUCGGGUCUGUAAAUAUAUGGCUCUAUCGUGAACGAAAUCUCGAAUCAAAGAUAUUGUUUAUUUGCGGCUGCAAAAACAAAACGGUAAUAAUACGUAUUAGAUCAUAGAAGCCAGAAUAGAGAAUCUCUAACGCAUCAAAUGCUAUGAAAACGUACGUGUGUGUAUGUAUGUGCAUAUAAACCGUAACAUAGAGUAUACUAGCGACAAAACGUUACAAAGUAAAGCAAAAGAAAAACAUACGAAAAAAUGUUAAACAACUUUUAAUUCGCAACGCUGAACGGCAUGUACAUGCUGCGCGCACUACGGUUUUUUUUUCAAUUAAGUUAAAAACGUUUAUUGUUUUUACUUCGAAAAAAGGGAAAAACAAAACAAACACCACAGUAGCAGUUAACAAACUACGAUUAAAUAUUAAUCAAAAAACGGAGACACGUUUCUCGGCAUGAUAGAGCGUAAAUACCCAGAGACCAAUUUAAUUGCGUACACGGGGACAGGCCACGGAAGGAAGGAACUUGUCCGGAAAGGCAACUUGGUGACUUGACUUGAGAGAUGUAAGACAAACCAAACCCGAUGGCAGCGGCUCGACGAUGGUUUGAAGCGAGCGAAGAAUUGAAAUCGUACCGAGCGAACAUGUUUGCAAAAAGGUGCACGAUGUAUGGUUAAGGUUAUAAUGAUAAUAAACAACUGAAAUUCUAAAGUAGCUUAAGUGACCACUAUUAGGAUCGUAAUGUAGCGGGGUUCUAUCCAACCAAGAUGUAGUAAAACAGAGUUACUAGAAACCAGAUAGAACGACGGCAGAAUCUAGACACCAACCGUAGGAAAAUGGAACUUACUUCAAGUGUUUAGAUAGCAAAACAAUAAUGAAGAAUAUAUAUAUCAUCACUAGUCAAUGCAUCAAAGGAGAGGAAAUUAGAAAAAGGGAAUUAUAAUGUGACAUACGAAGCGACGUGCUUGGCGCGUUCAGACGUUGCAUAAGAAUGUGCUUAUUAGAGCCAUUUCUCACUCAUGAAUCGUGUCACUGCAAAACGAACCGUUUCCUAGUGCGCAUACCUUUUAAACAAUCGACCCAUCGGUAACGCCUGCUGUGCCCAACCCGGUGGACGACCGGCUACCGGCACACUCACAAGAACUCACAGUCCCCCACGUCCGCGGGUUGGCCAGUAUGCGAUGGUCCGGGGUGAGCAGUAGUUUGAGGCCUAAAGCUGUUUUUAUACAAUACGGUUAGUAGAUAACGAAACCAUGUCCGUGCACGUGCCGGCUGUAUAGGGAGCAGGAUGAAGGAUAUUUUAAACUAUUCGAAAUUGUGUUACUCUAAUUACGGAUCUGACUAUAGUAGUGUAGUUGUACAGUAAGCUUAAGACAACUUCAAAUUAAACGUACAUCGUAAUACGAUAAGAUGCAUACUGUCAAGAGAUCUGUUCCGUAUAAGUAAUCGUAAGCUGUACAUAGUGAAAUCCCUGCACUGGGUUUAAUUAUUUAUGAAUCUUUUACUUUGACCUACGAACCGGUUAGUAACCGAUUAUGUCAGUGAUUUUAUAAUAGUUUCAUAGUAUUUUUAACUAACCUACAAACACAUUGUACAAAUGACACGUUAUGGCAAUUUGCUUCCUCGUCUAUCUCAUUAUGAACGUUACGUUCUUCGGUUUUCCCAUCGUAUCAACGGAAAUAUACAUGUUUCAAUCAAAAUCCGCUUUGUGGCGGAGGAGAAAGUACGAUAGAAGUAAUUUAAAAAAAAGACUUGUAAUUAAUGGUACUUAUGCCUGCAAAGAACACACAAACAUUCGGACCAAACGGGGCACUAGUAAGAAUUUAAACCAAAGCGAGCGAAACGAUAUGUAUCUCGAAUGCACAUAUUGAUUGCAGUUACAUACAACACAACACUAUAGCCACACAAAUGAUAAAACAAAGAAACUCUUUACCAUGAUUGUAUUUUUAUUAUGCAUGUAUUUGGAGAAGACA